AUAGAAUAUGACAAUAUGAGCAAAAGUGAAUCAAGUUUCAAUCACUAUUCUAAACUUAACAGCAAUGAUGAUGAGACACAACUGAGCAAAACAAAACGUGUGUGUGUGUCAUAUUUGCCAUAUAAACUUCAAGGACACUCGUACAAUACUGAUAAGAUGUUUAAAUUGAGUGACAAAUUGGUGAUGUUGGUUACUGGAGAACCCGGGGAUACGGUACAAUUUGCUGAAUAUAUUGCCAAGAACAUUCAGCUUUAUAAAAUGAGAAAUGGCUAUGAACUUAGUCCAAAUGCAGCUGCUAACUUCACACGGAAAAAUUUGGCUGAUUACUUAAGAACUUCAUCGCCAUACAAUGUGAAUUUCCUACUGGCUGGGCAUGAUGGCACAGAUGGCCCAUCCUUGUUCUAUAUGGACUACUUGGCCUCUCUGUCUGAAGUCCCAUUUGCUGCCCAUGGCUAUGGAGCUUAUUUUACCCUCAGCAUCCUUGAUCGUUACUAUGAUGAAGAUUUGACUGAGAAAGAUGCCUAUCAGUUGUUGCAUACUUGUCUUGAUGAAUUACAAAAGAGAUUUGUAAUCAAUCUGCCUUCAUUCCAUGUUAGAGUUAUUGACAAGAAUGGUAUACGGGACCUACCGACAAUUCACUUAAACAUAAUAGAUAAUUGAUUCUCAUAGUUGUAUUUUCUAUUUCUUUCAUUUUCCACACGUCCACUGAGAAUAAACAAAUGUUCAUAAAAAUAAAA